CCUCUUUCUGGCGUCCAUCCCCUCCCCAACACCACCUCUACUGUUGCCUCUGGCUGUGAACCUGCACCUCUUUCCCAUCCCCAUCCAGGCCUGGGAAGCAGGGUGAGCCUGGAUGAGAGCCCCCUCAACCUGGGGCUCUCCCAGGCCAUGGCCCGUGUGCUCCCAGGGAGGAGCCUCGGCCCCUGAGCAUCUGUUAGAGACUUGGCAGAGGCCCCGUGGGGACCGUGUCUUCUGAGGACAAAAGGCAGCGGCCAGCAGGCAAACAGGGGAAGGAGCCGGGUGGGGGGACCGGCAGCCAGGUGGGCAGACAGGUAGCAGGGGCCAGUGCUGUUCCUUCUCCCAGCCUGGCCGUGGCAUGAAGAUGGGGGUGGGAGUAUGUACUGGGGGAAACACCUGCUGGGAUUUCCAGCUGCCAGCUACCUGGGCGCCCCAAGGCUAUGUGCUGCCCACCUGGUGUUUCCCAACACCCCCAGCCCUGCCCAGUGCACCCCUCCGGUGCCUGCUUUUCCUGAUGCCUGUGAUUUAGACAAGCCGGUCUGUAUCCACGGCAACAGAAGCGGGAGUGACACUGGCCUCCAGAUCACUGAGAGUCCCACAAUGUGGUCCGGGUUGUGAUUUAUCCUGGGUGAGGCAGAUUGAGCCCCCAUCCUGGAUUCCAAGACAUCCCUGCUGAGAGAGCCCAGGCUGUUUCCCCUUUCUCUGUUUCUCUGUCUUUCUCUCCAUCUCCCUCCUAUGUCUUUGUCUGUCUCUCAUACACAUACCUCUCUCCUCCUCUGUCACUGUGUAUGUGUCUCUCUCUUAAAUUCAGUCUAUGUCUCUAUCCUUUCCCCCCUUACCCUGCUUCCUGUCCAGGAAAAGGUGUGUAUGAGUGUGUGUGUGUGUACCCUCAUGGGCUGGUCCACAGUUCUGAGGAUGCUGUCAGGCCUUAAGAGGCUGAAAGAGGGUCCACCAUCCCCACUUGUUCUCAGCCUCUGCCCUACCACUCUCUUGCGGCUUACUGCCAGUCUCUAGAACUUCAGGGUGCGAUUAAAAGCCUAGCAGUGGCAGGCCAGGUUGAAUUGGGCUGGGAAACAGUACAGAGGGGAGGAAGAAAGGAAGCAGGAAGAUGUCUGCACAAGUCCUACCUACUGGGGCCCAAGCCAAACCACUACUCCAGCUCCAGCCCCAACAAUGAUUCUAAGUUUCUCCAGCUUCUGCUCCAGUUGCUUUGCUGCCUUCCCUCUGGUACCUGCCCUGUUACAUUAUCACAUCCCCACACUCCUAGAGCUCUCUGUUUCCCACGCAACCCCGCCCCCAAGCUUUGCCACACAGCUCUCACAGCCAGAUGCACUCCUCAGAUCCCUCUUUCAGAAAAUCCUGCCUGGAUGUCUCCAAGGAGCCCUCUCUAAUCGCCUCCCCCAGCCCCCAGCUCAUUUAGUACCUCAAUCAAUUAAUUCAACUGAGUGCCUACCAUCCACGUGCUACAUGAUGUUUUUCCAGAGGAGCACAAGUCCAUAAUCCCUGCUCUUAUGGAGCUUUUGUUCUAUUAGGAUGAGGAAGGCAAUAAACCAGAUUUUAAAAGUAAAUAAUAUUGUACUUUAGAAAAGAGAAAUUCCAGGAAGAAAAAUAAAAGAGAGAAAGGAGCAUAAGAAUGCUAUUACCUCUCAUCUAGAUUGCUGUAGGAGAUUCCUGAGUCAUCUCCUAACUGCCACCUGUGAUCCUUAUGACCCAUUCUCACAGCAGUGAAUGGAAUCAUAUUCAAUGCUAAAUCAUACCACAUCUGGCCUCUGCUCAAAAUCCUCCCAUGACUCCCAUCUCAUUCAGAAGAACAGUCCAAGUCCUCACCACGGCCUCCGUAAUCUGACCUUGCCACCUUACCUCCCACCAUAUUUCCUUCACUUACUCUGUUCUACCCACUGUGGCCUCCUUGGUCUUCCUUGAAUGUGCCAUGCAUAGUCCCACCUCAAGGCCUUGGCUCUGGCUGUUCCCCUGCAUGGACUUCUCUUCCACCAGAUAUCUACAUGAUUCACUCUGUCACCUCCUUCAGGUCUUUGCUCAGAUGACACUUCCUUCAUAAAGCUUUCCCUGUCCACCUCAUCCAAAACUGCAACACUUCCCCACCCCUAGCAUUUUCUCCUUCUUUCAUUAAAGUUUAUUAUUAGGAACUUGUCAUCCAAUGGACUAUACUUUCCCUAGUCAGCUCCACAAAAGCCAGGAUCUUUAUUUGUAUGGCUCACAGCUGUAUCCCCAGUUCCUAGAACAGUGCCUGUACACAAUAAAUACUCAAUAGAUAUUAUUUCAGUGUAUGAAUGAAUAUGCACAGACAUACCUACAUCUUUAUAUUUAUACAUACUCUUGCUUCACCUAAAAUAAAAGCCAAAACCUUCAUCGUGACCCACAGCCCUGGACACUUCUGCAACCCCUUCUUCCACUAUCUUCCCUCACUCAGACUGUUCUGGCCACACUAGUUUUCCCAAUGUUUCUUGAGCAUGCUAAGCACGUUCCUGAUCAUAAAUAAAUGAAUCUAUUUAAUGAGUGGCUACAAGCAUUUUAAGAAAACACAAAAGAGAAUAGAAAUGAAUGGGGUACAUUACACAUAGAUCAGUACUGUUUUUUUAAACUUUUGUUGAGCUGUGUGUGCAUGCGCAUGUAUAUAUACUGGUGUUGUGGUGUAAAAUGUACUUUUUACUAUGGGUAGUGGUCACAAACGUCUGAAUACAACCUUAAAGCUUUGGAAAGGGGUAGAAGAGCUGCAGCAACAUCCCUGCCCCACAGACCCACCAACAGAAGAAACAAGUAACCAAGGACGUCCAGAGAGAUGAAGCAUCCUCACCCAGCAAGAAGGGAGUAGGUGUAGCAGUGGUCCAGGGACAGGGCCUGACACCAGUCGGGGAGUAAGUGGGGAGGGCUCAUAGACACACUAACCCUGCCCUUUCUGUUUCUUCCUCACCUUUCCUCUCCAUCCAUUUCUCGCUGUCUCUCCUGUCUGUUGGUCUCUUUCUCUCCUCUCUCUCUCUUCUUACUCUUUCUCAUCUUCUCCAUUUCUGUAUCAAUUUCUAUUCAUUUAUAUCCUUGUUGAUUUUUUCUAUCUCUUUAUUCUGUUUCUCUCCUACUCUGUCUUUGUGUGUGCUCUCUCGCUCUUUUCUUUCUCUCUCUCCUGCCCUCAUCUCUCUGUCUCUCUGUGUCUGUGUCUCCCCCAUUGUCCCAUUUGCAGGUACAGCACAGCAGGACAACUGAUGGAGCCCGCCAGGGCCCAUCGAGUACCGGACUGGCUGACCCUAUAGGGUUGGCAGUAGCCCCUACCCCUCAGUAUGGCCAACACCACUGGAGAGCCUGAGGAGGUGAGCGGUUCACUGUCCCCACCGUCAGCAUCGGCUUAUGUGAAGCUGGUGCUGCUGGGACUGAUCAUGUGUGUGAGCCUGGCGGGCAAUGCAAUCUUGUCCCUGCUGGUGCUCAAGGAGCGUGCCCUGCACAAGGCUCCUUACUACUUUCUGUUGGACUUGUGCCUGGCUGAUGGCAUACGUUCUGCCGUCUGCUUCCCUUUUGUGCUGGCUUCUGUGCGUCACGGCUCCUCGUGGACCUUCAGUGCACUCAGCUGCAAGAUUGUGGCCUUUAUGGCUGUGCUUUUUUGCUUCCAUGCGGCCUUCAUGCUGUUCUGCAUCAGUGUCACCCGCUACAUGGCCAUUGCCCACCACCGCUUCUAUGCCAAGCGCAUGACCCUCUGGACAUGUGCAGCUGUCAUCUGUAUGGCCUGGACCCUGUCUGUGGCCAUGGCCUUCCCACCUGUCUUCGAUGUGGGCACCUACAAGUUUAUCCAGGAGGAGGACCAAUGCAUCUUUGAGCAUCGCUACUUCAAAGCCAAUGACACACUGGGCUUCAUGCUUAUGUUGGCUGUGCUCAUGGCAGCCACACAUGCUGUCUAUGGCAAGCUGCUCCUCUUCGAGUAUCGUCACCGCAAGAUGAAGCCAGUGCAGAUGGUACCAGCCAUCAGCCAGAACUGGACAUUCCAUGGCCCUGGGGCCACAGGCCAGGCUGCUGCCAACUGGAUCGCUGGCUUUGGCCGUGGGCCCAUGCCACCAACUCUACUGGGUAUCCGGCAGAAUGGGCAUGCAGCCAGCCGGCGGCUGCUGGGCAUGGACGAGGUCAAGGGUGAAAAGCAGCUGGGCCGUAUGUUCUACGCGAUCACACUGCUCUUCCUGCUCCUCUGGUCACCCUACAUUGUGGCCUGCUACUGGCGAGUGUUUGUGAAAGCCUGCACCGUGCCCCACCGCUACUUGGCCACUGCUGUUUGGAUGAGCUUCGCCCAGGCUGCUGUCAACCCGAUUGUCUGCUUCCUGCUCAACAAGGACCUCAAGAAGUGCCUGAGGACUCAUGCCCCAUGCUGCAGCACAGGAGGUGCCCCUGCUCCCAGAGAACCCUACUGUGUCAUGUGAAGCAGGCUGGUAGGCAGACAAGCAGGGAGAAAGUUAAGGCCACCAUAAUGGGGCUAAUAACAAGGGAGGGGUGAGACCCCAUAUAAGCCUUCCUUUCUGAGCCUCAACUUCAGACUCUCAAACCAUCCAUAAUGUAGGCACCCUUGCCACCACCUUCCCAGGGUGGGGGAUUGGGCAGGGGACUGGGAAAGAGGCAUUUAUAGUUUUGUAGGGCCUGCCUCUGCUGCCUCCUUCUACACUUCUACAAUCUCAUAUUCCUUCUCUCUCUCUCUUUCUCUCCCUUGCUCUUGUUCUCUCUCUCAGAAAUGACAAUUCAGAAAAAGAAAACAAAACUGGGAAUGCAGGUUUUCCUACUAAUCACUGAGGAGACAGGCUUUCUUGCUUUAAUGUCUCUCCUUCUGACAUCAUUCAGAAGAGGGAAAUUUGUCCUGUAAAAUACACAUCCAGAGUUCUUAUUGCCCCUUCUGCUCCCAGGCACCUUCCCUUUCCAAGUCCUUUAGCAAUGCCUGGAAGUUUAGGGAGAAAUUUAUCCAAGGCUGCUGAUAAGAGGGACCAAAGUGGGUGCUGGGUCCCCAGAGAGCAAGAUGUUUAAUUGCUAUGUUGUGUGCAAUGUUGUUUUAGGCCACCCCUGGUCGCAAAUGCAAUUUCCCUUCUCUUUUCCCCCUCCCACCAUGUUCAGACCUUCCAUGUGGUUCUCGUGCAUGUAUUAGAGAAGCCAAGAGGGUAGAGAGAUGGGCCCUCAGGAUGGGCCCAGCUAGGCGAAGAGCAGGAUGUGAGUUGAACUCAAGCUAAAGAGUCCCAAACUUGGCCUCAUUUUCUUGGGCUGCCUUCUGGAUCCAUGGCCCUCCAUUCUUCUUCCUGAGGAUGGAAAUCCAUUUCAGCCCUACUAGGGGUGAUUUGGGUGCCAUACAGGCAGGAGUAGUCCCCAAGGAAGUGUAGGAUGUUACCAGACUCCCCAGAGUAGCCGGACCACAAAGCCUCAAGUCAGAACUGAAAACCCUAGAAUUGUCACUGUACUGGGUUCACACUACUCUUCUGAAGAUAAAAAUUCUUUCAGGGCCUUGAUAAAUACUAGUGGUACAAACUCCAAGGCACUGUGGUCUUGAGUCCAUUCCUAUCUGACCUCUUUUUGUCCCCCUCAAGCCUCAGGGGCCCAAUGGCCCUCCUUGGUAGCCAUUGGCCUUCUAGGACCUCAGCCCCAAACAUUCUUCCUCUCAACAGCCCUCUACCCCUUUCUCCUUCCGUUCUUACCUAUAACCAAGUGGAACAGACUGCAGCCAGAUUCUCCAGUUGGGAAGUCCCAAGCUUUCCUCUCUGCGACAGAGUCCACUCUGGGCUUACUUCAAGGCUAGUGCUGUGGAUUGGUGAGCCAAGUUGGCACUCCUUUGCCUGGUCCUACCCAGGCUCCCUGUCCCCCUCUCAUUUCCUGGGGGUGGGGGAAUCUGUUUUUAUCCUCUCCCACUUUCCCCUGAUAGAAGCCCACGUCCCAAGCUCCCUCCCUACUCUAAGACAGACCCAGAACUGGAGAAGCCUGACCCAAAAAGAAGGGGGAGGGCAUUCUAGGCAGGAGAGACAUUAAUGAGCCUGGCUAUGGAGUGGCCUUGGAAAGUCAGGCCGGAGUGGCUGAGAGGCCAAGGGGGUGGACCUGUUCUCAGUGAUAGUGAUGGGGGUGCCUUUCUGAGGGGGUAGGGUGGGAAGACCAAGAGGGUGGGGGGUAGAUAGGGUACAUUCAGAAGGGUUUUCCUCUGUUUCUUUUUUCUAACUGCCUGGAUUCACCGUUGGAUUUUGUAAAUGGAAAAACUAAAAUGAACAAGGCUAUAUUGGA